AGAGGGCUGCCCGGUCGAAUGCCUAAAGGACCCCGCUUGGCCCGAAAAGCUAGCUAUCGCAGUGCCUGGUGGCCGGGCCCCGCGGCGGGAGGAUCAGGCAGUUUCAGCUACUUCAGAUACAAAAUGAGUACAAGUUGUCUUUGACCUUCAAGUUGAAUGUCUGCAAGCCUUGCCAUGGUGAAGGACAGGGAAGCCUGGCGUGCUGCAGUCCAUGGGGUCACAAAGAGUCAGACACAACAACUGAACAACAAGCCUUGCCAUUGAGGACAGCAAGUGUGUUAAAGGGUUUGAUUUGGCCAGGGUAGAUCCUGACUUAUCUGUAACUUUAGAUAAGAAAUCAUAUGUAUCCAGCAGACUUUAGGCACGGGGUUGGAGGGUGGAUGAGAGGGGGAUGGUAUCCUGGCAACAUCCCAAUUCUUGUCCAUCCAGUCUUGCAAUUCUAGAAUUGAUGGGAGAGCACUGUGUGACCCUACCCUUGUGGCUAGGCUCUAUGGGAAUGUAAAUUGUAAAUCCUCUGUAAAACACAAAAGAUAGGAAGGGAAGGGCGUACUGGCAGAGACAGGUCAUGUUUAAACUUGAACUUCUCCUGAAUGGGUCACUCCUUUGCAGGGUUACAGUUGCACUAACAAGAUUAUCUCCCCCAGUGGGCAACUUGAAGGCCCCUGUACUAGUCCUUUCUCUCAAUCCCAUGAUCCCAGUGGGCAGUUAAAUACUAAGCAACUGUCAUCUGCUUUAUGAAUGUCAGAAGUGAGAGCUCUAGUUGAUUUGCAAGACUGCAUGGCUCCAGAGUAAGAAGGGUGGGGAGUGUAACACUCAUGAGUCUCUAAUCUGGCUCUCUGGUGCAGGAGGGAGAUGACCUCGAUCUUGCGGAGCCCGCAGGCUCUUCAGCUCACUCUGGCCCUCAUCAAGCCUGAUGCAGUUGCUCACCCCUUGAUUCUGGAGGCUGUUCAUCAGCAGAUUCUGAGCAACAAGUUCCUUAUUGUGCGAAUGAGAGAACUCCUGUGGAGAAAGGAAGACUGCCGGAAGUUUUACCGAGAGCAUGAAGGACGUUUUUUCUAUCAGCGGCUGGUGGAGUUCAUGGCCAGUGGGCCGAUCCGAGCCUACAUCCUCGCCCACAAGGACGCCAUCCAGCUCUGGAGGACCGUGAUGGGACCGACCAGAGUGUUUCGAGCACGCCACGUGGCCCCAGAUUCAAUUCGUGGGAGUUUCGGCCUCACCGACACCCGUAACACAACCCACGGCUCAGACUCAGUGGUUUCAGCCAGUAGAGAGAUUGCAGCCUUCUUCCCCGAUUUCAGUGAACAGCGCUGGUACGAGGAGGAGGAGCCCCACUUGCGCUGUGGCCCUGUGCACUACAGUCCUGAGGGUGGCAUCCACUUUGCUGCUCCAGCAGGGGGCCCGGGGCCAGCCUGACCCAGGCCUGUGAGUGUGUGAAGACUGGGGCAUCGCCCAACCUUCCCCACAGACCUCUGCUGCCAGAGCAGUCUUCUAGGACCAAGGAGGCCGGGGGCUGCUUGCGCCAUCUCUGCUGGGCACUGCCAGCUGCGUGAGGGUUAAGCUCCUCACUGCCACCUCUUCUAGAAUCUGUCUACCUCUUCUCUGGAAGGUUCAUGGCUGGUUCAGAGGAAUGACAUCUCCUCUUUUUCAGGGAGCUGUUCAUCAUUUUCAAGGAGAAGCUUGCCCAGCUGUUGCCUGAAAAAUACAGUGACUCUCUAUUAGUCACGUUUAGUCUGUUUUCCUUAAUAAAAGUCAGUAUGCUACUGAAUAAAGGCUGUGAGCACUACUCGAGGUGCUCUCUCUCUCUCUCUCUCUCUCUUUAACUGGA